AUGGAAGAGUACACCAGAGAGCCAUGCCCAUAUCGUAUCGGAGAUGACAUCGGAUCAGCUUUUGCAAUGGGUCUGGUUGGAGGAUCUAUUUUCCAAGCUUUCGGAGGAUACAAAAAUGCUGCCAAAGGAAAAAAGAUGGUUGGCAUGAUGCGUGAAAUCAGAAUGAGAAGCACAUUGACUGGAGUUCAAUUCGCUGCUUGGGGAGGAAUGUUCAGUACCAUCGACUGUUGUCUUGUUGCCAUUCGCAAGAAGGAAGAUCCAAUCAAUUCUAUCGUCUCUGGAGGACUGACUGGAGCUCUUCUAGCUAUUCGUUCAGGACCAAAGGUUAUGGCAGGAAGUGCCAUUCUUGGAUCAGUUAUUCUGGCUAUGAUCGAGGGAGUCGGUUUGGUUACGACACGGUGGAUGGGUGCAAUGAUGGACCCAACACAGCCACCUCCGGAAGCUCUCGACGAUCCUCGUAGUCUGGGACAAAAAAGCCAAGCAGAGCCCGGUCUCGAUCAAUCCAGACCGUUCGGAAUUCCAACUGGACUACCAAAUCUUUCAUAG